CCUGAGUAAUAUUUAAGACAGUGCUUUAUCGUCAAUCUGGGGCGCCCACAGCGCUUCCCAAAUCGGCACACAUCCUGGUGUAGCGCCUGGUGUCAAGGAAACAUGUCCUUUGAUUUGGUGGUCCUUGGUUGUGGUGGAGGUCCGGACGAGUUGAAUCUCUCAUCAUAUCUGUUCAAGACGUGCCAGAACCAAUGGUGUGAUGGUAUCUUAUCUGUUGAGGCUGGAUCUGGUUUAGGUGCUCUUAGAGAACUCUUGUCAAGAGAUCCGUUCAUUUUUGAGGACCUGAAAGUGAUUGGGAAAGAUGAUCUAGCCGAAAAGGUGCUGGACGAUGGCUCGCCAUCCCAGCGAGCUGCCCGCAUAUACUCAUGGAUUAGAACAUUCCUUAUCAGCCACGCUCAUUUAGAUCAUGUCUGUGGUCUCAUUAUAGGCGCUGGGUCUACAUCUAGUUCCUCUCCUCGGUAUAUCGCUGGCACUGAGACCGUAGUUCGAGACAUCGACACAGUCUUUGGAGGUCAAAAACUCUGGCCAAAGCUUGCGUCUCGCUAUGAAUCUCCUGCCUCAACAUUCGGUUUCAUUUAUAACUCACUUUCUUCGUUCGGGCCUUAUCAUAGUCUUUCUCCUAAUAUAUCCGUCCUCCUUCUUCCGAUCACACACGGGAUGGUCGAUGGCGGGACAUACGAAAGCACAGCAUUUUUUAUUCGUAAUGAUACCACCUUAGAGGAAUGUUUAUUCUUCGGCGAUGUUGAACCGGACUCUAUAUCUUCAUACCCACAGACUCUCAACGUUUGGCGUACGGCUGCCCCAAAGAUUCGGGAUGGGAUGCUGAGCCAUAUAUUUCUCGAAUGCUCCUGGACUUCCGCACGCCCCAUACACCUGCUCUUUGGUCAUCUUUCACCUCCACACAUCUUGGACGAACUCAUGGCACUCGCCAGAGAAGUUGUUUCCGUAGGGCGCCACUCAACUCGGAAGAUUUUAGAUUCGCAAUUGGAAGGUAUUCUCAGAGGGGUUACCCUUGUUAUCAUUCAUUGUAAAGAACCCAUCACCCCUUCUAACCCUGAAAGUGACAUCGUGGACGUCAUUGUUGGCGAGGUAAAAAAAUUGGUGUACCCCGCUCGCUUGGGCGUUUCUGUCAUCGGGGCUCGACAAGGGAUGAAGCUUCGUUUUUGACAUCUCGCCUCCGCGCUUGUAUCCAUCGAACUUUACUGUUGGGAUUUCUGUAUACUCUCGUGUCUCAUCUUAUUCGAUACUACCCGCUGGAUUUAGGGCUCGUUACAGUGGACUUGGUACAGUUUGUUGUAAUUUGAUCAUGUCACAUGUCAAUUUGUCGAGCAUUAGUGUAUUUCUACUCACCUGGGCAUGUCACUGCCGCCCCAGUUGCGAGCAUCGUUGAGUCCCGUAGAAC